AUGCAUCUUUCGAACGACCAGGCGCCUCUGUCAGAUGUCGGGGAUGGGUUGGCUGUGAUACUGGAAACUGUCGAGUGUAAUGGGAACGCGUCAAACAGCAACGGAUACCCUUCCAAAGCCACUGUGCAGGCCAACGAAGUGACCAUUCCUAUACCACCGGAUCUGAUCGACUCAGUCAUCGCUGCGUGGAUUCUGUUCGUGCAUAGAUACCAGCGAGAUGCAUUCCACUGCUUCACAUGGGCAGUUGAAGGAGCUGGGAAUGGGGAAAUGCAGUGUGUCCAGGCACAGGAACUGAAAUUAUCCAGCGUUACAACCGUGGAUGAUCUGCUUCACGUAGUACAGAGAGUAACAUCGGAAGAGGUGGCGGUGCGGCACAGUGCAUUUCCGAAGCUGACGCUGCUAGACGGAACUAAAGAUGAGUGGGCUUUUCAGGUGACAGUUGAGUUGCAGGAGCGGCAACUAAGAGCGACCUGCACAUGGCGAGGACCGGCCUUAUCAGAACGUCAGGCCUUGUUGCAGUUAAACUUCUUCGCUACUGCAAUCAACACCAUUUUCCGGGACCAAAGCCACCCAAUUGCCGAUGUCCUUGCUCUAUCACCCCUAGAGGUUGACCAAAUCUGGAGCUGGAAUACUCCCUUACCACCAACUAUAGACAGAUGCAUGCACGACCUGGUUUCCGACCAGGCACAGCAGCGUCCUAACAAAGUGGCCAUAGAUGCCUGGGACGGUACGCUCACAUACUCACAAGUGGAACGCUACUCAACACACCUCGCUGGGGAUCUGCUAGCUUUGAACAACGACCAUCCCAUUAUCCCUUUACUGUUCGAAAAGUCGCGAUGGACAAGCGUUGCGCUCCUUGCCGUUAUGAAGGCAGGAAAGUGCUUUGCCCUCCUUGAUCCCGCACAGCCAGAAGGCCGACUAAGAACAAUCGUCGAACAAACCAACGCAACACUGCUCGUUGCAUCAAAAGCACAAGCUUCACUGGCAGCACGAAUUGCCCCUUCGGCGACCAUCAUUCCCAUCUCGGAGUCAAAGUUUGAGCAAGUGUCACAGCAACAGCCUGACACCACUUUGCCUUCGGUCUCUCCCUCCACACCUUUGUACAUUCAAUUUACUUCGGGAAGCACAGGAACGCCAAAAGGAUGCAUAAUAUCCCACAGCCAGUUCACAUCCGGCGCCAUUCCCCGCGCUCAAGCCGUAGGCUACCGGAGCCACUCCCGCGUCCUCGACUUCGCCAGUUACGCCUUCGACGUUUCCAUCGAUAGCAUGCUGUGCACUCUCGCGGCAGGGGCUACCCUCUGCACCCCAUCCGAUGAGCGACGUAUGAAUGAUCUAAGCGGUGCUAUGCGGGACAUGAAAGUCACCUUGGCGGGGAUGACGCCUUCAGUAGCUCGAACGCUGGCUCCUGAUAUUUGGGAGCAGUUGGAGACGCUGGCGGUCGGUGGGGAGGGGGUAUCGGCGAGCGAUGCUCAAGCUUGGGCGAAGAAAGUGAGGGUUGUUAAUGCGUACGGGCCAUCUGAGUGCACAGUCGGUGCUACUAUCAAUGAAGAUGUGGCUGCGAAGCCGUACAUCACCAUGGGCAAGGGGAAGGGCGCUGCGAUAUGGUUGGUCGACCCUGCGGAUCAUAACCGGCUGGUUCCUGUAGGAGCGGUAGGAGAGUUGCUCAUCGAGGGGCCCAUUGUUGGAAACGGAUACUUGAACAACCCCGAGAAGACGAAGGAGGUCUUCAUCGAAGAUCCCGCGUUUCUGCUUGCUGGAAGCCCACGCUAUCCUGGACGCAGGGGCCGACUAUACAAAACGGGCGAUCUUGUCAGGUAUGAUCCAGACGGACACGGUGAGCCCAUCUUCGUCGGCCGUCAGGAUCAGCAAGUCAAACUGCGAGGUCAACGUAUCGAACUGGCAGAGAUCGAAUACAACAUGCAGAAACACCUCCCUCCUGAAACCCUCGUAGCCGCCGAGGUAAUCAAGCCUGGAGGCACUGGAGAUCCGGUGCUCGUCGCCUUUCUGGUUGAGCAGAAGCAUGUUGGCAUGCGAGUUCUGGAUGGCAGUAUCUUUGCGUCGUUUUCGUCCAAGUUUCGAAAGCAGCUGCAGGAAAUGACAAGACAGCUUAUGAAAGAUUUGCCGGGGUAUAUGGUUCCGACGGCGCUGAUCCCACUGUGGAAGAUGCCUCUCCUUGUUAGCUGUAAGACUGACAGGAAGAGAUUACGAGAGAUAGGCCCGACCAUUACAAGGAAGGAUCUCCGUCACUUCAGCUCAGCUAUAUCAGAGAAGAUUGAACCCACGACCGAAAUGGAACUGAAACUUCGGGAGCUCUGGGCAAAGGUCUUGGGCGGAGAGAGCGAUUUUGGUGCGAAUGACAACUUUUUCAGCAUGGGUGGCGAUUCUUUACGAGCAAUGAGACUGGUAGCAGCGGCCAGGGAUCAGGGCAUCCUGCUCAGUGUUCCGGAUAUCAUGCUCAACCCCACCCUGUCUACGAUGGCGAGCAAAGCAACGUCAGUUGAUCGCUCGGUGUCAGAUGACGUGCCCCCUUUUUCGCUGUUGCCGUCAGAUUGGGCUGCGGACGAGGCAAAGAAAGAAGUUGCGCAACUGUGCAAUAAAGAUGAGAGUUCUAUCGAGGACAUAUACCCGUGCACAGCACUUCAAGAGGGUCUCAUGGCUUUGUCGGCCAAGUUUGCGGAUGCCUAUGUUGCACAGCGCGUUGUUGAACUCCCACUGGACGUCACAUUGAGACUAGGCGAAGCAUUCAGUAAAGCUGCUGCCGAUUGCCCUAUACUCAGAACCCGAAUUGUCAAUGUUCCCGGACGCGGACUUUUCCAAGUGGUCAUCAGCGAAGCCGAGCCCGCUUUCACGGGCUCUGAUCUCCAGCAAUAUCUCGAAGACGAUCGCAAUGACCCGAUGGACCUCGGAAAAGCACUCUUCAGGUACGCAGUCCUUACCCCUCCGGACAGCGACAAGGUAUAUCUUGUCACAUCCCUGCAUCACGCUGUAUACGACGGAUGGUCAAUGCCGCUCGUUGUCGAGCGCAUCAACCGCGCCUACAAUAACAGGGAGACGAAAAGAGCUGCCGAGUUCAAGCAUUUCAUCCGAUAUCUCUCGACCAUCGACCGCUCUGCAUCCGAGUCCUUUUGGCGGACGCAGCUGCUGGGUGCCAAUCCGAACCAGUUCCCUCCAGUUCCGUAUAAGGGAUACACUAUGCGUGCGGACUCGCUGCUCGAACACUACGUCACUGUGCCUACCGCCGCGCAUUCGCAGAAUACGCUAGCGACUAUCAUCAGGGGUGCGUGGGCUCUGGUGUCGAGCUUAUAUCUUGGAUCCUCAGAUGUCGUCUUCGGAGAGACAUUGACGGGUCGCUCUGUUUCCGUACCAGGGGUCGAGCAGAUUGAGGGCCCCAUGAUCACCACGAUUCCCUUCCGGGUACGUCUGGAUUUGAGCCGCACUAUAUCUCAAUAUCUCCACGAGAUCCAUGCACAAACCGUUCGCACAAUCCCGCAUGAGCACCUGGGUCUGCAAAACAUCCGCCGACUAUCCCGCGAAGCACGAGAUGCUUGUGACCUCAAGACCGGCCUGGUUCUGCAUCCGAAGGAAGAUGAAGAUUGGACCGACAUUCCGAGAGGAGAUGACGCCCCUGCGAAUGGCUUUGUGCCGGCUGAUGAUGCGGAAGCUGCGCGAGAGGCAUUGAAGUUCAAUACCUAUGCGCUUAUGCUGGUGUGCACUCUGGACGAGAAUGGAUUUCUGAUCAUGGCGAGUUUUGACUCGAAUUGCAUCUCUUCCCCUGUCAUGGAGCGGGUGCUCAGGGUGCUGGAUCGGAUUGUGUUGAAGUUUUGUGGGAACUCGGACUAUCGUCUCGGGGAUGUUGCGAUGCUGGAUGCGGAAGAGAGGGAAGAUGCGGAGAAGAUGCGGUCGACGGGUGUGAUGAUUGACAGUGCCGUAGAGUCGGGUCAGAUGGUUGAAAGACACUUCGAGGAAGCGAAGGUGGAGCCCUCGCCAAGGGAAGAGAAAGUGAGGGAGCUGUUGGGUCGCAUUAUGGGCAUCCCGCUACGGGACAUCAAUUGCUGGGAUUCAUUCUUCGAACUCGGUGGCGACUCCAUUACUGCCAUGCGACUUGUCUCUGAGGCUCGAGCGCAUGGCUUAAACCUCACUGUGAGUGAGAUCUUCCGGAGCCGCUCAAUUUCGGCAUUAGCGGCAUCAAUAAAGUCGAAUAAAGAAGAGAAACUGCGAGAGGUGUUGGCCCGCAUCCUGAGCAUACCUAAAGAAGAUAUCAAAGCCACGGAUAGCUUCUUUGACCUUGGUGGAGAUUCCAUUGGAGCAAUGAGGUUGGUUUCCGAAGUCAGGGCCUUGGGAUUGAAAAUCACCGUUGCGCAGAUAUUUGCCGCCCAGUCCCUCUCUCAACUAAGUGAGCUGGCAGUUGAAGAGGCUCCGUCGGCUGCAUUCCCAGAAAACAUUGAGACUCCGUUUGCGGCCCUUGGUUCGGAGAAAGAUGUUAUCACACCAGAAGCUAUACAGCCUCUCCUAGAGAAUCAGGAUUGGAAGAUUAUAAAUAUCUAUCCCACUCGGCCUUUGCAGCAUUUGGCCGUAGAAGGAACGGUUGACGUCCCACGCUUUUCCCUUCGAUACGACCUCAUCCAUUUCAAGGAAUCAGUUGAUGAGCCUCAGUUGCUAAGCAGUUGCCAGGCUCUGGUCAAUCUCAACGAAAUACUUAGGACUGUCUUUGUGGCGCACGAAGAUCGUAUAUACGGAGUGGUUUUGGAGGCGUUGCGUAUCCCGUUUGAGCAGAUAACAGUGCCAACCGACAUCGACUUACUCUCAUUCGCUCGGAAACACAGCGAGCAGGACAUUGCCGCGCCUAAGCCAUAUGGCAGCUCCUUUGCAGCCUUCUUCCUUUUUGCCUCGAACACAGGUGAAUCUGUCCUUAGCUUUCGCAUCUCACACGCCCAAUAUGAUGAGAUGUGUCUACCCCUCCUCUACGAACAACUGGCCGCCCUCUACAAGGGAACCACUCUCCCCACCACGGAACCCUUCUCAAGACACGUAAACCACGUCGUCAACAACACCAUCACUAACUCCAUCCCAUACUGGCGCGACCUGCUCUCCAACUCUCACAUGUCCAUCUUCAAACCCUCCAUACCCCUCACGACUCGCAACCCCAAAUACAUCUACCGCGAAUUCGACAUCUCCCAGCGUCCCCAGGGCAUAACCAUCGGCUCCCUUCCCACCGCCGCAUGGGCGCUCGUCCUCUCCAACCGCCUCCAAACCCACGACGUCGUCUUCGGCGAAGUCGUCACGGGCCGCAACAUUGGUCUUCCGGGCGGUGACAGGAUAAUUGGACCGACGUGGCAGUACGCACCAUUCCGCGUCACCUUCCACAAGCACUGGACGUAUCUGGAUCUCCUACGCUUCGUGCAGGACCAACACAUCGCGUCUGCCGCACACGAGAGCAUGGGCCUGCCCGAGAUCGUGGCGCAGUGCACAUCCUGGGAUCCGGAGGAGGUAACUUGGUUCGAUUCCGUUGUGCACCAAGCUCCGCCGUGGGUAGAGACGAUGGAUUUUGGUGGGUUGGAGGCGAGGUUUGAGACGUUGUAUCCGCAUGCGGAACCGCUUAGGGAGUGGAAGUGUCAGGCGUUUGUUAGGGAUGGGGGCAAGAGGUUGGGGAUUGAGAUUGUGACCUUCGAGGAGUGGGCGGGUGUUGGCGAGGAGGUGUUGGGGGAGGUUGGGGAGGCGCUGGGGAGGUUGGUUGGGGAUACAGUGGGGGAGAGGAUUUUGAUGGUGGACGGAAGGGUAAGGGAAUGA